AUGAUGGGAGAGGUGAGCAAAUUCGAGAAAAGGCUUGAUGGCAGAGCUUUCGACGAGUUCAGACCUGUUGAUAUUCACUUUGGGAAGGAAUGGGGAUCAUGUCAAGUAUCUUUUGGUGAAACAAAGGUGUUAGCCAAGGCGACAUGUGACGUACAGCUCCCCAAGGCCACCAGACCCAACGAGGGCCUGUUGCACCUUAAUGUUGAGCUCAGUCCGAUGGCUGCAGCACACUUUGAGACUGGCCCACAAUCAGAGCUGGGUGUCCACCUCAAUCGACUCCUGGAGAAGUUCUUCAAGGAAUCCAGAUGCGUUGAUCUGGAAUCCCUCUGCAUAGUUGCUGAGGAAAAGGUAUGGAAUGUACGAGUGGACAUCAAUGUUCUGAAUAGUGAUGGCAACCUGGUGGGUUGCUGCUCAGCUGCUGCGUUAGCAGCAUUGAUGCACUUCCGUCGCCCUGACUUCACCCUGUCCGGGGAGCAGGUAAUCAUCCACAGCCCCAGCGAGAAGGAUCCCCUCCCUAUCAGCUUGCAUCAUCACCCAGUGGCCAUUGCCUUUGCGGUCUUCAACAAUGGUGAACGAGUGAUGGUGGAUCCAACCAAUGCAGAAGAAAGAGUAUCUCAAGCACAAUUGGUGCUGGCAGUAAACACGUACAGGGAACUUUGUGGCCUCCACCUGGGUGGCUCUGCCUUGGCGGCUCCUGACAUCAUCUUGCAGUGUGCACACAGAUCUGGUGGCUUCUCAGUCAUGCUAAUCGACAAGAUCAAAGAAGCACUGGAAGCUGAUCUCAAGGCUAGGAGUGAAGGGCCUGUGGCAGGAUUAACUAACUGUAUCAACCUGAUGAGGAUAUUGUCCAGCUCCCAAGAUAGGAACACGUUCUUUAUAAAGGGUAGUGGUCGACCAAGGCCAACGAAGAUGGAUGUGGAAGAAACAAUUGAAGAUUCUCAUGAAGAUAGUGAUGAUGAUGUUCGUAUAAUUUCUGUAGGAAAGCAGUCAGCAGAAUUAUUGCCUAGCCGUGGGAAAUUCUCUAAGGAUGAGCUAAAGCCAUGGGAGCCAUCAGGGAAACUGGGCAACAGCUGGGUGGUCAUAGAUCAGGACGAUGAUAGUGCCAAAGAGGAUGAAAAAGUAAAUGACAAUGGUAAUGAAAAUGUGAACGACAGCGACGACGAUAUUGAAGUGGUGAAGGAGGUCACGUUGCAGGACAGGAUCGUCGCCAAUAUCAAUCUGGAUGGAGACAGUGAAGAGGAAGAUACCACAACUCUCAAGUCUUCAGAUUUAGACAAAGCCUAGCAACUCAUCAACGGUUUCUUGUUUACUGUCAUGUACCUUUCAAAUUCAAAUAUCUUUAUUAAUCACUGUUUACACAUAGAAAAAUACAGAUUGAAUAGUAUCAGUGUACAGUAUUAAGCUAAUAUAAUAAAACAACCUUACUCUAAAUUCA